AUGUCCAUUAAGGCUUUUUCGCUGGCCUCAGUUGAUUCUCGAUUUGAAUUUACAAACGUAAAUUGCACUUCCUUUGACAAGGAAAUUCUCGAGUUUGAGUAUUGCUACAUAAAAUCCAUUAAUCGGACCUACAAGUAUUUAUCUGGAAAAGUUAAGUUGCAUGAAAUUCCCUUUGCCAACUUGGCGGUAAACUUGGUUAUGUGGAAACGUUUUAAUGGAUAUCGCCCCUUUCUAUACAAUAUAACAGUCAACGGAUGCAAAUUCUUGGAUAACCCAAAGUCAAAUCCUGUUGCCAAAUUUAUUUAUGACUCGUACACGCCGUAUAGCAAUCUUAACCAUUCCUGUCCCUAUAUGAACGACCUUGUCUUGGACAAGUUACCCGUUGAGUUUUUGAAUCACCGAGUGACUAAAAUUCUUCCCUUUCCCGAAGGUGAUUAUCUCUUUGAGUUUCGGUGGAUUCGUUCAAGAAAUGUUUUCGCAAACAUUAAAAUUUAUUUUAAGCUUUACUAA